CCUGAUUCAAAGAUCGCUCACUCUAAUGCUCGGUAUUGAAGACUACGGCAGCGGGAGCGACAGUGACGGCGAAGGAACAUCCCAGCGUCUACAGCCUAUCCAAAUCAAGAACAGUUCAAUCUCACUACCCCCUCCAUCCUCAACGAAAGGUCCAGCAAAGAAAAAGAAGACUAUUGCAAUAAGCUUGCCUACUUUAAAGCAUGCGGAUGACGGCGACGACGAUGAUAUGCAACUAGAAAUGCUACCUGCGAAAAAAGCAAAAACAGGCACAGGAGCAGGUUUUUCGUCUUUGUUAUCUAUGUUACCAGCUCCAAAACAAAAGGCUCCUGUUCCUUCGGCUCCGGAACGGGUUUUGGGUGGUGGAAAUGGCCCUGGACUGGUGUUUAAUACCUCGAGACCAGCAACGACAGCGGCUGCAUUAUUUACGGAGGACGAGGAGAGCAUUUCAGGCGCAGACGAACCAACAUUGGAGGGACUUACUUCCUCAUCAACUUCAUUCGCAUUUCGGCCACCUUCAGUGGCAAGGGGCAAGGCGAAUAUAUCUUUGGAAGAGGAAAAGCCCAGAGUCACACUGAAAUCCAGGGACCCAACGUCCACAAUGUCUGCAGACUUUUUUGGACUCGCCUCUACGUCAUCCUCUUCCUCAUCCAUUUCGAAAUCUUCAGUGCCCUCAAGCAGCUUUAUCUCUUCAGCUCCUUCUGCAUCUAUCACUGUAUCAUCUGCUCCGGAUAUCCCCACCUUCUCCGUUCCAGAGCCCUCCAUGAACGAUCCUUAUCCAGGAUACUACCAACUUCCUUCCGGCGAAUGGAAACAGCACGAUUUGGAAUACUACGAGAAAUUUCGAAAGAGAUGGGAGAAGUCAUACAAUGACCAUGUGCGUGCGUUAGAGAAGGGAGCGGUAAAAGGAUUUGAGGGAUAUGAUCGACAUGAGAUGGCGGAUGUUGAUGCUGCAAAAGAAAUGGAGAGGGCUAAGAUAGAGAUCAAGGAGCGGGAGGAGAGGAAGGCCGUAUCAAAGAAUCCUGGAGGGGAGUUGGCGAAGCCGAAGAUGAAUAUUACGGCUGCCAAGCUGAGUGGAAGGGCUCGCUCAAGGCACCAAUUGGCUACGCUGUUGAAUGAGGCGUAUGAAAAUCGGGAUGCAUUAGAGGAAAAGAUUGCAGAAGGUCGUCGGAACCGCAAAGAAGCGGGAAACAAAUAUGGCUUCUAGGCUUCUUAUGUCUGCGUUGCCCUUGUACUCAUAUCUAUGUACAACCUUUGAACGAUAUGGCACA